CGAUCGACUCUUCCGCUCUGUGCUCGCGUGUACUUAGCUACAGCAAUAAGAAUCCCUACUACUCAGCUAUGGCAGGGUCUGAUGUUUUGCGCACUUUACUUUACACAGUAAACACCCUCCUGCAGCAGGAAAAAUACAAAGCCGUUCUCGCUGUGCUUAAAGGGUUCAGGAAUGGCGCCGUAUACGGUGCCAAGAUCCGGGCUCCACAUGCACUGGUGAUGACAUUUCUUUUCCGAAGUGGCAGCCUUCAGUCCAAGCUGAAAGCUAUAGCCCAGGCCACGUAUACACACUCAAGGAACCUAGCCUACUUUGUAUUUUCAUAUAAAGGGCUGUUGGCACUUCAAAAAGGCAUUCAGGGAAAGAGUCUUCAGUCUCACUCAUUCUUAGCUGCUUGUCUUGGAGGUUGGCUGGUAUUCGGGGACAAUAACAAUAUAAACAGCCAGAUAAACAUGUACUUGCUGUCUAGAAUUCUGUUUGCCUUAUGUCGUUUGGCUGUGGAAAAGGGCUACAUUCCGAAGCCCAAAAGAGACCCCUUCCCACUGUUUGCCAUGUUGGUGUGGGGCAUCGUCCUCUGGCUAUUUGAGUACCAUCCUCACACACUGCAGCCAUCACUCCAAUCUUCUAUGACCUACCUCUACCAUGACAGCAACACAUGGCACGACCUCUCUGAUUUUCUCAUUUACAACAAACCACAGAUUUAAUCUUGUUGAACAUGGUUCUCUAUUAAACUAUUACUAGUGAUUAUGGUCAGGAAACAGUACAGAGUAGCUGUUUUGGAUUAUGGCUUUUUAAUGACAGCCAUCAAAUCUGCACUUUUAGGUAAUGUUCUCUAUUCUAAUUUCAAGUGAACAUAUGAUAACCUCUGAUUUUGUACUUUUUGCACAUUUGUAAACUGGUGUUCAAAAAGAGCUUAUUUCAUAAUUUGCUAAAUGAAGAACAAGAUAGAAUUUGAACACAGUUGUUUUGUUAAUUUUCAUUAUUAACUGAAUGUGUUUUAAAUAAUUAACUGUGUUGCCAGUGACAAUUUUCUUGCUCUUUGGUGUGGGGGAAUGUUGAAUCUCCUGUUUGAACUUCAUUUCCUUUGCAGAAUUGACUGCAAGCAAACAGUUUCUAAACUUGUCAGUCAGUCCAUGACACUGUACAAUCAAUCAAGCAUAAUUAAAUUUAGUUUAUGACCUUUUUGGGUGAUUUUGGUCCCCACUGUAGCAGCUAAGCAAUUAGGGCCAGUUUAAUCAUGAUUUAAGGGUACUGAUAUGCAGCUAACACAAAUUGACAUUUUAUAUGUAACCAUUAAAGAUUAGUUAAUUGCUAUCAUUGACAUCAAUUUUAAUUGGUUGUUUUGACCACAUUUGAGUAUUAUCAAGGUUGAGGAUAUGAGGUAUUUGUUUUGAACCUGAAGCAGAAAAUAAACACUCAUCUCUCCAUCAA